CAGCGUAUGUUGUCCUAUUGAUGACUAACUUUCCGCCUAUGUUGUAUGCUGCAGAAUUGGAAUCAGGGGUCACAUUUCACAGUCCCCUCGUACUUAAGCUACUACUUCUUCCAUCAUACACACAACCCUAAUUAAUUCAACUGACAACUUUUUUCUAAAAAAAAUUGAAAGAUUGAAAGGAAAAAUGAAGAAUAUUCCUCUGAUUCUAAUGGGUUGUGGAGGAGUUGGUCGUCAACUUCUCCAACACAUUGUCUCGUGCCGUUCUCUUCACUCCACACAGGGACUGUGCUUGAGAGUUGUAGGAGUUGGUGAUAGUACAUCUUUGUUGGUGUCGGAUGAUUUGCUGCAUAAGGGGUUGGACGAUACCGUUUUGUUACAACUUUGCCGGGUCAAGAGCGCUGGCGAAUCUCUAUCAAAACUUUGUGAUUUUGGGGAAUGCCGGGCGUUUGGGCAUCCGGAGUCAGAAGGAAAGAUUCUAGAGAUUGCAUCUCAACUUGGUAGAAAAACAGGUUUGGUGCUUGUGGAUUGCUCUGCUAGCUUUGACACUGUUGCGGUGCUAAAGCAAGCAAUGCAUAUGGGUUGUUGUGCUGUUUUGGCAAAUAAGAAGCCUCUUACAUCUUCACUGGAGGAUUUUAAGAAACUUUUCAAGUGUCCACGUCAUAUUCGGCAUGAGUCAACCGUAAGUGAUACUUAUUUCUUUCCUUAACUACACAUAUCUCUCUAGGAGCACGUAGCACCAUUAUGACAUUCGUGACAACAU